AUGGCGUCCGAGUUCGGGGGCAUUAUGCAGCCCAACUGGAAGGAAAUCGUGAACAAGAAACUGAAGUUCCCGGAGGGCCUCCUGAGCGCCAUUCAAGAUGGUCACCUGGUGAAGGUCCAGCAGCUGCUGCAGGUGAGCGAUGGGAUCCUGAGGCAGCUGGACGACGCGGAGGACCGAGCGUGGCGGGAGGCCCUCAACCUGGCCAUCCGCACUGGCGGCGAGGAGAUCACCAAAACGCUGCUGCGCUAUGUCAAGUUCGACUUCCGCCAGGUCCAUGAAGCCUUGCUGGUUGCCGUGGACACCAACCAGCCUCAUGUGGUCAAGCUUCUCCUGGACCGACUGGACCAGGAGAAAGGCCUCAAGAUGGACAUCAAGUCCUUCUCGCUGGCCUUCUUUGACAACUCUAUCGACAACUCGCGCUUCGCCCCCGGCGUGACGCCCCUCACCUUGGCUUGUGAGAAGGACCUCUACGAGAUCGUGGACAUGCUGAUGAAGAAGGGCCACGCCAUCCCGCGCCCGCACAAGGUCUCCUGCGGCUGCCUGGAGUGCUCCAACGGCCGCAAGUACGACCUCCUGAAGUUCUCGCUCUCCCGCAUCAACACCUACAAGGGCAUCGCCAGCCGGGCCCACCUCUGCAUCGCCAGCGAAGAUGCCAUGCUCACCGCCUUCAAACUCAGCCGCGAGCUCAAGGGCCUCUCGAAGAAGGAGCCCGAGUUCAAGCCGGACUACCUGUCCCUGGAGCAGCUGAGCCAGGAGUUUGCCUUUGAGCUGCUGGGGAUGUGCCGCAACCAGAGCGAGGUGACAGCCGUGCUGAACGACCUCGGGGACGACGAGGCCAUGGGGGAAGACGAGGAGCUGGACGAGCAGGCCUUCGAGGAGGGCAUCCCCAACCUCGCCAGGCUCCGGCUGGCCGUCAAUUACAACCAGAAACGGUUUGUGGCCCACCCCAUCUGCCAGCAAGUCCUGUCCUCCAUCUGGUGCGGGAGCCUGCAGAGCUGGCGGGGCAGCAACAGUGCCUGGAAGGUCUUCAUCUCCUGCGCCAUCUUCCUCCUGAUGCCCCUCUUGUGCUUGGUCUACUGGGUGGCCCCCAAGUCCAAGGUGGGCAAAAUGGUGAAGAUCCCGGUGAUCAAGUUCCUCCUGCAUUCGGCCUCCUACCUCUGGUUCCUGGUCUUCCUGCUGGUGGAGUCCCUGGUGCUGGAGCACUACCACGAGGUCUUCAAGGGGCGGAACCAAAGUCUGUGGGAGACCUCCCUGCACAUGGUGUGGGUGGCAGGGUUCUUCUGGUUUGAGUGCAAGGAGGUGUGGAUCGAGGGCCUGCGCAGCUACCUCCUGGACUGGUGGAACUUCCUGGACAUCGUCAUUCUCAGCAUGUACCUGGCCUCCUUCGUGCUCCGGGUUCUGGUCUUCCUCAAGGGCCACAUCCACUGCCUGGACCCCAACUCCUCCCCAGAAUGCUACUAUUACACAGCAGCUGAACGCCUGGAGUGGCGGACGGAGGACCCCCAGUUCAUGGCGGAGGUGCUCUUUGCUGUCACCAGCAUGCUCAGCUUCACCCGUCUGGCGUACAUCCUUCCGGCCCACGAGACCCUGGGGACGCUGCAGAUCUCCAUCGGCAAGAUGAUCGAUGACAUGAUUCGGUUUAUGUUCAUCCUGAUGAUCAUCCUGACCGCGUUCCUGUGCGGCCUGAACAACAUCUACGUCCACUACCAGGAGUCCGAGAAGCUGGGCAGCUUCAACGAGACAUUCCAGUUCCUCUUCUGGACCAUGCUUGGCAUGGAAGAACAUAAGGUGGUGGACAUGCCCCAGUUCUAUGUGGCCGAGCUGGUGGGCAGGGUGCUGUAUGGGAUCUUCACCAUCGUGAUGGUGGUCGUCCUGCUCAACAUGCUCAUUGCCAUGAUCACCAACUCCUUCCAGAAAAUUGAGAAGGCAGCGGACAAAUCCCCAGUAGGAAUUCGCUCUUCUCCUUCAUUCUUCGAAGGCCCUAAGCCUAACGACGCUGACGUGGAGUGGAAAUUUGCCCGCUCAAAGCUCUACUUGUCCUACUUCAGGGAGGGCUUGACGCUGCCUGUCCCCUUCAACAUUAUCCCGACGCCAAAGUCUAUCUUCUACGUCAUCAGGGGCAUCUUCCGCUUCCUGUGCUGUUACAAACCAAAGCGGCAACAGAACUAUCCGCCGAUUCCCACCAUUACGAACCCUUCGCUGGAAGACGGGGGGCUACGUAGCGAGAGCCGCGUCUCUUACCGGCGGCAGGUGCUGAAGGCGUUGGUUCAGCGGUACAUCGACACAGCCAGACGGGAGUUUGAAGAGAGCAGGAGGAAAGACCUGGGCAACCGCCUCACGGAGCUGAACAAGUCGGUGUUGCGCCUCCACUCCGAGAUGAAGCACCUGCGGCACACGGUGGCCGCCAACGGCGCCUCUGCUAACCCCCUGGACGGGGCCAGCGUCCUGCGCAAGUACAUCAUGAAGGUGCGCAACAGCUUCCAGAGUUUUGACAACGACUCGGGCAGCUCUGGCGAGGGCUCUCCUGCGGAGGUGGUCGUGCACCAGAAUGGAGCCAUCGCCGAAGAAGAGGGGUUGCCCGUCCCACCGGCAGGUGAGUGGGGGGUGGAGGAGAAGCCCCCUGCUGCUGACAUGGAGCUGGCCGCUGAAGAGAAGCUGGUGGAGAAGCCGGAGGCUUAA